UUCUUCAAACCUUCUGUUUCGUAGUCCUGAGGGGCUCACAGGGAUGACGCACCUCCGCUUAAGUUUCUGCUUUACGUGCACCAAGUGACUUCAAAUAAUAGCAAGCUCAUCUGCAGCCCCAGGAGAACACGGCGACGCUCGCCACGCCCCCUCGCCUCGUAUGUCCCGCCCCUGGUCGGGUUGCCUCUACUCUCGGCGGAGCUCCUUUCCCGCUCGGACGCACCUCGGGAAAGAGUGGGUCGCUGCCCAAGAUGGCGGGCUUAUUGAAGACGGCGGUGGCGGCUGCGGGCGCACUAGGGCUUUUUACCAGACUUCAGACUUCAGCUCCAAAAGUAAACGCUUUUUCCACAUCACAGUCCUCGUAUCAAGUGGCAGGUCCUAUGUGGAACCUGGGUCGACUCAAUCAUGUAGCAAUUGCAGUGCCAGACUUGGAAAAAGCCUCGGCUUUUUAUAAGAAUGUUCUGGGGGCCCAGGUAAGUGAGGUGGUCCCUGUUCCUGAGCACAGAGUGUCUGUUGUUUUUGUCAACCUGGGAAAUACCAAGAUGGAACUGCUUCAUCCACUGGGAGACGACAGCCCAAUUGCAGGUUUUCUGCAGAAAAACAAGGCUGGAGGAAUCCAUCAUGUCUGCAUUGAGGAUCUGCCCUGUUGGCUAUGGUACCAGAUUGCCUUCAUCGUAUCAGCUGAUUUAAAUUUGAGGCAGGGCGCUCCCUUGUUUGUGGGGAGAACUGGAGUAGCCCAAAGCAAGGUGUUGCGGCCAGAGUGGGGUAAGAAGGGCAUCUCCAAGUGGGAGCUGCCUGCCAUGGGAAAGCCGGGGACUGAGGAAGAUGCCCAGGCGGGGGGAGGUCCAGCUCAGGGUGCAGUAUCCGAGCAGGGCGGGGUGGGGCCGUACCUGCAGGGAGGCGGCUCAGCUUCAGUGUCAGAGUGCGAGGGUCAUCAGCAUGGAAGGUUAGCCUAG